AACUGCGCGCUGAACUCUUCCUGCUCUGCCUAAGCAUGAGUUGCUGCCUGAGCUUGGCUUUGGCCAACAACCCGUGGGAAUACAAUAGUCCUGAAUAUGCGAGUGAGCAGUACGCUAGCAUCUUUGGCAGUGCGGACAAUGGGCUCUUUGGACCCUUACAAUACCAAUACGUGGACUAUCUACCCAAUUGUUCCCCCGGCGGCCAGCCCAUCUGUGCGACGGAUGGCAAGACCUACUCUUACUUCGAGAACGCAUGCAGACUGGAGGCUCACAACAUGAAACUGUUGUUCCAGCAAGGAACGGAACUCGAGCCCACGGAGCUGGAAAACUGUCUGCCGAAAUGCGACAGAAUUCAGUGCACCAAACGGCAUGCUCCGGUCUGUGCAGUGGCCUCCGAUAGAGUGGGCGAAGCCCAGGACGGUAUGACUUUUGGAAACGAAUGUGAGCUGCGGAAAUACGAGUGUAAUGUGAAGAAACCUAUGCAAAUUCUGAAUCAGGGCCCAUGUGCUCAGAAGCUUAAGGUUAAGAAGAUCAAAAAGAUGCGCCAGCGAUACAGCAAGGUGCGGCGUGUCAAAACAACAACAACAACGACAUCAACUACGACACCAAAAAUUCCGCUAACAACAAAAGAUAAAAAGCAACGACCGUAUAUGCUGGUUGACUCAUUACCGGAAACGACUACGACAGCGACACCGCUUCAGUUUCGUCAAAUAGCAGGGGUAUCCAGUCCGGAUGUUUCGGUAUCGCGUGCAGUCACAGCUUACAAUGUUUAUAACAUACCGGACGUGGGUCAGAACUAUGCGUCCAUAACUGAUUCUAGCUUGUCAGUCUACGUGCCCGGUGUGGGGGCCGUAACUGAUGAAUACCCUACAACUCGAGCACUCGAGCGAAUGAGUCCAACCACAACGCUGACCACUGAACCACUGACCAGCAGUUCCACAGCUGCCCCUACCUCUAGCACUUCCCCAUACCUCAGGCCCGGGCACAUCACAGAAGACUACACAACUUCGUAUAAGUCGACCCCGUUUUUCCAGAGCAGCACAACCGAGUCGCGCGGUACAACACCGGCGUCCACCAUUGAAUCCACAGCUUAUGUAGCAAGCUCUACAACAAAGGCCCCCUUGUAUACCACAUUGGCCCUGGACCUGGCUACGACAACGGUUGAACCCAUGACGACAGCUAACACGGACAAAAUAGCGCAAUAAAUAUCGUUCUGAACUAA